AUGAAUACUUCAUUUCAUCUGCAUUUCUUGGAUCUCAACCUGAAUGCCACAAAGGGCAACCUUUCGGAAUCAAAUGUCAAGGACAAGUUUUUGCUGUGUGAAGAGAUGGGCAUCGCUAUGGAGGUGCUUCUGACUCUGGGUCUCAUCAGCCUCCUAGAGAACAUCUUGGUCAUAGGCACCAUAGUGAAGAACAAGAACUUGCACUCUCCCAUGUAUUUCUUUGUGUGCAGUUUAGCAGUAGCUGACAUGCUGGUGAGCGUGUCCAACGCCUGGGAGACCAUCACCAUAUGCUUAAUAAAUAAUAAGCACCUGGUGAUAGCAGAUACCUUUGUGCGUCACAUUGACAACUUGUUCGACUCUAUGAUCUGCAUUUCCGUGGUGGCCUCCAUGUGCAGUUUGCUGGCCAUUGCAGUGGAUAGGUACUUCACCAUCUUCUAUGCCCUGCGCUACCACCACAUCAUGACAGUGAAGCGUUGCAGGAUGAUCAUUGCGUGCAUGACCUUUUGCACAGGCUGCGGUAUUGUUUUCAUCAUUUACUACAAAUCCACUUAUGUCAUCAUUUGCCUCAUCUCCAUGUUCUUCACUAUGUUGUUCUUCAUGGUGUCUCUGUAUAUCCACAUGUUCCUCCUGGCACGGACUCACGUCAAGCAGAUAGCAGCUCUGUCUAGAUCCAGUUCUGUGCGGCAAAGGACCAGCAUGAAAGGGGCUGUCACCCUGACCAUGCUGCUAGGCAUUUUCAUCGUGUGCUGGGCUGUGUUCUUUCUCCAUCUCAUUUUGAUGAUUUCUUGCCCUCAGAACCUCUAUUGUUCCUGCUUUAUGUCUCACUUCAAUAUGUACCUCAUACUCAUCAUGUGUAAUUCUGUGAUCGAUCCUCUGAUAUAUGCCUUAUGCAGCCAAGAGAUGCGGAAGACCUUUAAAGAGAUUAUUUGUUGCCAUGGCUUCAGAAUGGCCUGUAGGUUCCCUAGCAGGUAUUAAACAGGAAGUUCUUCUCUCUGCCUCUCUCUUUUCUCCUUCCUUUACCUUAUGACAAAGUCAGGUACAGCCAAGGCGUAAGCAAGAAUACUAGAAAUCAAAACCGUGCAUUCCCUUUAUCUUCUUUCCAUCUCGAACUUGUGCUUAAGA